AUGGCUGAUGACGUUGAAAAGAUCCUCGGUCAUCAAGGACCGAGAAGUCGUCGGAGAUAUCUGGUGAAGUGGAAAGGCCACGAAGACGAAGAGAACUCCUGGGUGUCCCGAAGUGACUUCGUCGACAAGGAGUUCCUAGCGGACUACGAUCGAUCUAUCGGCAAGGGAGCGUAA